AGGUAGCAAGUUAUCUGAAACUACUCAUGGGUGUCUUUCAAAAGGGAGAAGAUCAGAAAGGAGAGAGUGCAAAUAUGAAGCCUAUACCUCUUCUAAGUUCUUAUGAUAUGGGGAAGUUCAACUUGUCACACAGGGUUGUGCUAGCACCACUAACAAGAUCUAGAUCAUAUGGCAAUCUCCCGCAAUCACAUGCCAUGGAAUACUACUCACAGAGGGCAACCAAAGGAGGCCUUCUAAUUGCUGAAGCUACAGGUGUGUCAUCUGAUGCACAAGGGAUGAGUGUAAUCCCUCACACCCCAGGGAUAUGGACCAAGGAACAAGUAGAGGCAUGGAAGCCUAUUGUAGAUGCAGUGCAUGCUAAGGGUGGUAUAUUUUUCUGUCAAAUCUGGCAUGUUGGAAGAGCAUCGGACAUGGAGGAACGGCCCAUCUCAAGCACAGAUAAACCCAUAGAGAAGACUGAAGAGAACUACUUCCUGGGUUUCUCCACCCCAAGGAGCUUAACUGUUGAAGAGAUCCCUGAUGUCAUCAAGCAUUUCACACUUGCUGCCAAAAAUGCCUUGGAGGCUGGUUUUGAUGGGGUUGAGGUUCACGCCGCAAACGGCUUCCUCCUGGACCAGUUCAUGAAGGACGGCGUCAACGCCCGCGCCGACGAGUACGGCGGCGGCGUGGCGGGCCGCUGCCGCUUCGCGCUGGAGGUGGUCGACGCCGUGGCGGCGGAGGCCGGGGCCGGCCGCACCGGCGUCCGCCUCUCCCCGUACUCCCGCUGCCUCGACUGCGCCGACUCCGACCCGGACGCGCUCGCCGCCCACAUGGCGCGCGAGCUGGGCUCGCGCGGCGUCCUCUACUGCAACGUGGUGGAGCCGGAGAUGGUGGCGACGCCGGCGGAGGGCGGCAGCGGCGGCGAGACGAUGCGGAUCCCGCACCGGCUGCGCGCCGUGCGGGAGGCGUUCGCCGGCACGCUGAUGGUCGGCGGCGGGUACGACAGGGAGGAGGGCAACUGGGCCUUCGCCGGCGGCUACGCCGACCUCGUCGUCUACGGCCGCCUUUUCCUGGCCAACCCGGACCUCCCCCGGAGGUUCCGGCUCGGCGCGCCGCUCAACGGGUACGACAGGGCGACGUUCUACACCGCCGACCCCGUCGCCGGCUACACCGACUACCCGUUCCUCGACGACGACGGCGACGACGGCCUCGCGGCGUCGGCGGCGUCGGCGAGCUCCAACAAGAGCGGCGAUCAGGACGGCGUUUAGCUCCGAGGCAGUACACUACUGCAACUGCACCUGAAUAAUUCUUAGCUUUUUUGCUGCUGCUUAAGCUUUAAUAAUGUUGACAAUCGAGAGCUCUCUUCGUUGAUCCAAACCAUAUGUUUCUGUCUGA